CGUCUAAAGCAUCCCUUACUAAUUUGUUAUUAAUUUUUUUCCUGUAAGAAAAUGGAAACUUGGUUCAUCAUUAUCAUCUCCCUCUGCAUCGCAGCUCUCAUCAAAGCUUUCUUUAACCUUCUCUAUCCCAAUAACAUCCCCAGACUUCCUCCAGGCCCCUUUACUUUUCCCAUCAUAGGCAGCUAUCUUUUGCAUCGCAAAUCUUCAUUAGAGCUUCAGCAUUUCAUCCGAACCAGGCUUCAACCUAAAUAUGGUCCCAUCCUCACCCUCCAUAUCAACUGUAAUAGUCCCUCAAUAUUCAUUUCUGACCCAUCUCUAGCUCACCAGGCCUUGAUCCAAACUGGCGCAGUUUUUGCUGAUCGCCCCGCUGCCUCUAUCAUUAGAAGAAUUUCAAGUUGUAAUCAGCAUAGCAUCAACUCCGCUGCUUAUGGCCCGACAUGGCGACUCUUGCGCCGUAAUCUCAUGGCAGAAAUACUCCAUCCUUUACGUGUUAAAUCUUUCGCAAAUGCACGCAAGCGGGUCUUGCUAACCCUCCUUGAUUGUUUCAACUAUCACUCAAAAUCCGGGGACGCCUUCCGCCUUAUGGACCCUUUCCGAUCUGCUAAUCUUUCCUUAUUAGUCUUGAUGUGUUUCGGGGACAAGCUUGAUCAGAAAAAGAUUAAAGAAGUUGAGGAUCAUCAGUUUCGCAUGCUAAUGAGUUUUAGACGAUUUAGUAUACUCGAUUUAUGGCCUAGAAUUACAAAGAUAGUGUUCUGUCAGAAAUACAAAGAGUUCUUGCGAAUGCAUCAACGACAAUGUGAAGUAUUCAUGCCGUUGAUUGAAGAGAGAAGGAAGUUCAAAGAAGAGAGAGUAAGAAACUCUAAACUUCGUGUUAUGGAAGUCAACGAUAAUGAAUAUGUCCAAGCUUAUGUUGAUACGUUGUUUGAUCUUCAACUCCCAGAGGAGAAGAGAAAGCUUAAUGAAAAGGAAAUAACAACUUUGUGCUCGGAGUUUAUUAGUGCUGGAACUAUUACAACAUCCACAGCGUUGCAAUGGGUGAUGGCAAAUUUGGUUAAGUAUCCACAUAUUCAACAAAAGUUAUUUACAGAGAUUAAAGGGAUUGUUGGAGAUGAAGAGAGAGAGGUUAAAGAGGAAGACCUAACAAAGAUGCCAUACCUGAAAGCUGUGAUUUUGGAAACAUUACGGCGUCAUCCUCCUCUAGGCUUUGUUGUGCCGCAUGCUGUUACAGAGGACAUAGUUCUAAAUGGUUAUUUGAUUCCAAAGAAUGCUUCAAUAAAUUUCAUGGUGACAGAUAUGGGAUUGGACCCAAAAGGAUGGGAUGAUCCGAUGUCGUUUAGGCCUGAAAGGUUCCUAGACAAAGCACAAGUGUUUGACAUAACAGGGAGCAGGGAGAUAAAGAUGAUGCCAUUUGGAGUUGGGAGGAGAAUUUGUCCAGGGCUUGGUUUGGCAAUCCUUCAUUUAGAAUAUUUUGUGGCAAAUUUUAUUUGGCACUAUGAAUGGAAGGCUGUGGAAGGAGAUGAAAUUAACCUGGAAGAAAAGCAAGAGAUCUUAACGGUCAUGAAAAUUCCCUUGCAGGCUCACCUAAAUCCUAGAUUUCCAUAACCAAUACAGAUUUGUGAUUUCGUUCUCAGAUGUUCAUUAGACUACUAAAAUAAUAUAUGCUAAUUUCGAUUUAGCAUAUGCUGUAUAUAUGUUUGUAGGUAUAAAUAAUUAAUGUUUUUUUCUUC